GUGGGCUCGUUCACCGAGCGCAGAGUUUCCACUUUUACAGAGCGCAGGACUCUCAAUCUGUCCUGGACCGAGCUGACAAUGAAGGACAGCAACAUAACUGGUCUCCGUGUCUUCCUCUGAUAUAUAGCUGUGUAAGAUGAGAGCCUUUGUGCUGAGCCUGAUGAGUUCAGGAGGAUUUCUGAAGGGGACGUUAACAGUUUUCACAGACGAAAUGUCCACAGCUGCAAGUCCAACCAUUCCCUCCUCACAGCUGACAUCGGACCAACUCACAGUGCUCGCUGCAUCCUUUUCUUCUCUGGUGUUCUUCGUGGUUAUCGUGGUACUGUUAUCCAUUAUUUACCGCAAGGAUCCCCAGUGCUGCAAAUUCAGCUCCUAUCGGCGGCCACGUGUAGAUAUGGAUGCUCCUCCUCAGUACUACAGCAGCAGGCAGACACUGGUGGGAUCUCCUUUUCUCGAGCAGACUCAGAACAUGGAUGACAACAGUCAGGCGGGUCAGCUGUUCUACGUUGGCCUGCCCUCCAGCUAUAGGCUGCCCACACUGGAGGCCCCCAUGCCGAGGCUCCCCUCCUAUGAGAGUGUUCGAAAGAAGGACCGCCAGAGGCAGAUCCACAUGAUGAUCGCAGACCGCUUCGGCCUCAAUGGACCCAUUGUGACAGAGCCUCCUCCAACAUAUGAAGAGAGCAUCCGCCAGUCUGUGGAGCUGCCAUAUCACAUCCACUCAUCUGGUCUGGACAUCUCCCCUCCUCAGAGCAUCUACACCAGCACAGGGCCAAACACACAUCACCCAGUGAGCUCUGACACCAACAGCACUGUUCUACCGGUGUGAUGCUGAUCAGGUUGCCUGGUGAACGGGAAAGAAAUGCGAUAGCUUUAUACAGACAGCGAACAUGAUUGGAUCCUUCACACAAGCUGAUUCACAUACCUCAAGAGUGAGUCGAUGCUGAUAGACAGCUGAUAAUGGAGAAACCAAAGAGGAGCUGCGCACCCUUCAAGAAAGGACACAGUUGGCUGUGCACAAAAGAAUGUUAAAAACACUUGACGGUGGACUCUACGAUCACUGGAUAUUCACAUUUACUGAGGUGGCUGGUACAUCUUGAAGAGGACUAGGAAGAAGACUACAGGACUACAACAUACCAAAAAGGGAUUUACUUUGUUGAUUAAACUCUGUCUGUAAACACUUGCCUGUGUGCUCUCUGUUGUUCCUGAGUCAGAGGCCUUCAGUUUCAGGUCAUCAGUGACCUGUUUGAUUAGGAGUUGCUGUAAAGGACGACUCUGUACCCUGCUGAGGCCGUGCCAUGCUGCUCCUGCCUGUGAGAGGGAGAGUUAAAAAGAAAGAUAUGCUAAUGAGAGUGAAGACAUGUAUCACAACAAAAGUUUUUCUAACCACUUUGCUUCAGUUGUUUUAUUCUGAUAAGGCACAUGGGAAUUUCUCACUUUCUUAUGAAACAUUUCAUCCUUUUUGGUAUCAAGUCUGUUGUUCUGUUCUGCGAAAGGCUUCAAGGAGCAGAGUGAGUGUGAAACUAAAACAAUGGAGAGUUUCUUGUCAAGGCCUGUUAUGUUUUUCUCGAUGCCACAAAGUUAUUUUCUGCAACCUGCCACGUACACAUACCAAAUGUUUGUCCCGCACAUUAUCGUGUACUGUAUUUAUUGAAGCAAAAAACAAAAGAGUGACUCCUCAAUAUUUCUCAUGUGUAAAACAAAUGUAAUAAACACUUUUAUUGUUUUGUU